AUGCUCGUGACAUUCCCAGUCGUCAUCCACUGCUGUCUCCCAACCAAAGGCCUCCUUCAACCACCCACCAUCUUCCUCACGAAGCUCUUGACCGCGAAAAUCAAGCCACUCAUGCCUAACCCGGACUCGUUUUGGAUGGUGUCCUUCAGGCCAGACUCUGAAGACACAGUAUCAGAACUAUCAGAAAAGCUAACCGGUAUCACGACCAUCAACGACUCAAUCUCAGCUCCUUUCGCACAUCUCGUCCUUCCGGAGUUCAAAGUCCCUCCGCUAUCCACUCUGAUCAAUUUGUCCGAAAAUCUAUCCAAAACUGAGUCCUUAACCAACCAGACCCUCCAAAAAAUCGUCGAAACUCUCAAACUGCUCGCGAAUUCUAAGCCCGCAGCUUUUGCACGUAAGAAAACCAACAACUCUAACUCGGGCGGACAGGCGGGCGAAGAUGAUAAUUUGAUUAUGGAAGAUGGAAGAUCUUAUGAAACUUAUCUGUUCAAGAAUUGGGAAUGGAACCGAGGGAAGUACAAUAGAGUCGAAAACAGGACUCUAGAGGAUUUGGUCGAAGUUUUAGUCAAAGAAGUCACUCUGAUCGACAACUCGCAUAAACUCAAACUGGCCAGUUAUAACCAAGCAAAAGCUCAGGCUAGUGCUUCACUGAGAAAGCGGACGGGCAACCUGUCAGUUAAAAGUUUAGCAGAUGUGGUGACAAAGGAGAACUUUGUUUCCACUGAUUCCGAAUUCUUAGAAACCUUACUUGUUGCAGUGCCGAAUAACCACGUGAAAGAAUGGAACAAUUCGUAUGAAAGGCUAACACCACUAGUCGUACCAAGAUCUUCGACGAAAAUCGCACAGGAUGAAGAUUAUACACUUUUUAAUGUGACGGUAUUCAAGAAGAUCAAGGAAGAAUAUUCUCAAAAAUGUCGCGAGAAGAAAUUCAUCGUCCGAGAUUUUGUGUAUGAUGAAAGUGAAAUCGAGAAAAGUCGCACUCAACAAAAAGAAUAUGAACAACACGAGAAAGAACUCUGGUCGGAGCUACUACGACUAUCUCGAAUCAAUUUUUCCGAGACUUUUCAAGUGAUCGUCCAUCUAAAAGUGAUUCAAACUUAUAUCGAGUCCCUCCUAAGAUAUGGAUUACCGGCACAUUACUGUACUAUCGUCAUCAAGCCUGAACCGAAGAACCUCAAGAAAAUCCUUCACCAACUGAGCUCCUUUUAUAAUUCACUUGAAUCUAAUACGAAUGGCUCGACAAAAAAUCAGAAGACCAAGUUAGACAAACACGUCAAUGAUCAAGAUGAGCUUGUCGGUGGUGAAUAUGCUAGCGUUCUUGAAAAAGAAGUGUUCGAUUUCGUUUUGUUUGAAAUCUUUGACCCAAAGAGGAACUCUAAAGACCAUUGAGUGAUUGCUAGACUUAUAUCUCCAUUUGUGUCUUUGAGAUCCAUAAUUAUAUUUGAGGCUCUUCAACCGUUAGUUUCUCGAUCAUUGGUGUUAUAAUUUCUUCUAACUUUUCCCAUCAUUUGGGAGUUCUAACUUCCAUGCAUUUGUCUUUUUUUUUAUAUGCCUCUCCCGCAGCUUACAAAAAUAAGUAAACAGUCAUCAUUUUCUUUUUUUCUUUCUCUGUGUUUUCAUAUUUGUAAACAUAUACUUCCAACUCCGGUUUCUUUUAUUUAUGAUCCUUGCACCUCUCCUUCCAAUGCCAUCCAUACAGUUCCUGUUUCAGCCUAGAGAGAUUCUUAUCAAGCCUGAAAAUUCGUACUAGAUUGUGGUUACUAGUGAUUUGGAUUGUGUAGAAAAAUUUCAAUGGAUAAUGUGUUCACUGGCUCACUCAUGAA